AUGCGCGCUUUCACCUCAGGGCUCCGCCCAUUCAGUGCCUUGUCGCAGCACAUUACACGCUCCUCGCGCUUCCUCUCUACACAACCUCUGCGUUCGCGCUCACCUCUCUCUUCAGUCCUCCCUCACUCACGAAUCUUCGCUCCAACACAACUUCGCUACAACUCAAGCACCCCUCGUCCCCUGACCGAGGCGCCGAAGAGCCAAACUGAGAAAGAAGCGGAGUGGGAGGCAGCGAACCAGGAGCGUCGCAAGAAUGAGGAGGCCUACCGAAUUACUUUUACUUGCAAGCCAUGUGGCCAUCGCUCUGCACACCGCAUGUCAAAGCAGGGUUACCACCGCGGAACCGUUCUGAUUCAAUGUCCUUCGUGCCAAUCGCGCCACGUUAUGAGCGAUCACCUCGGAGUAUUCUUUGAUAAGAAGACUACUCUCGAGGAUCUACUGAAGGAGAAGGGUCAGGCGUUGACCCACGGCCACACCGAUGGAAACCUCGAAUUCUGGGAUGAUGGCACAGUGAAGAGCUAUGAUCUAGAGGGCAAGGAGAAACUUGGAUCUCCCGAAGAAGAGAAGAAACUGGGAUCCUCCAGCGAGAAGUCGGAUUAA